CACAUCAAAUACAAGUAAAUAGCUUCAAAAAGCUCUUGAAAACUUCAAGAGAGAGAGGAGCCAUGGCUUCUGCCACAAUAGCAUUUUCGUCCAUCUGCUUGAGAUUUUCCACUUCAAAUCCUUCAAUCCAGGCCGUCCAUGGCGUUAGCCUCCCAACUUUUUCAAAGAAAGCUGCCUUGAAGCUCAGCUCUUCCAAAACCAUCUCUGGGUUCUCUUCCAUUCUCCCCAUCAAGCUGUCCCCAGUCAUCUCUACCCCUUCAAAUCCUCCCCCUUUCACUGUUUUCGCUGCAAAGGGCUAUAAAAUGAAAACCCACAAGGCUUCGGCAAAGCGGUUCCGUGUGACGGGGAAUGGGAAGAUAAUGCGGAGGCGGGCUGGAAAGCAGCACUUGUUGGUGAAGAAGAAUACGAAGAGGAAGCUUCGCCUCUCGAAAAUGAUCCAAGUCAACCGAAGCGACUAUGACAAUGUGAUCGGUGCGCUUCCAUAUCUCAAAGUAAAUCGAAAAGCAACCUGAGGUGAUUCUGUCUCUUGGAAAGUAUGCUUCAGAUUUCUUGGGUUUUCUUGUUGUAAUUCUCAAGAGAUUUCAAUAACUCUCAAUGCUUCAGUUGCUUUUUGAAUCUCAAUGCAUGACUGAGAGCACCAUUUGUUCA